GACUAGAGGCCUUCUCUUCAAGCAAUAUUUCGUAUUUUUCUCUCUAAAUAUAUUAGUUACUUUAUAUUUAAAAAUGUAAAUUAAAAAAAAAAUUACAAUCUAACAUCCUGAGUUUAAAAGAGGAAACUCAAGUGCAUUUUGCCCUACAACUUUUCAAAAUUCAAAUGCUGCAAUUGUCGUUUUUAAAACGUAAUACAUUGACUUAUAAAAACGGAAUACGUUGAAGCUUUCAAAAUUAAGUCACGAAAUUCAAUCCACGUUCAAUCUGAUAUGGAGAAGGCGGAGUCCUCCAUAGAAGGCGCAAGUGUAGCUGAUCUGGAAGACAGAGACCCUAAUAAUUUGAAUCAACACAUUCAGGUGACGUGGGAGGACGUAAUCGGUGAACCAGAUGGAAUUCGAAGUCCAGAAUGCGCUUGGCGAUUAAGUGGUCAGUGUUUUCGAUUAUCGAGAGGAUGUUGCUAUAUUUUUCUUUCAGUCUUGGUGGCUCCCUUGGUUGCCCUUUUCAUGGGUCUCACCUUUGCGUGCCUUGCCUUUGGGCAAGUUUGGUGCUGUGCUCCAUGUAUCCGGAUUUUUAAAAUAAUCUUCAUGCCGAUAAGAGUCUGCAACACAAUAAUUAUCCAGGCAUCAAUGCGUCCAUGUAUGGAAUCGAUUGGAUAUUUGUGCCACAAUAUCAGAAUAUUUAAUCAAAGACUUCCUGACGGACCAGAACGAAAAGAUGAUAUGGUUUUAAUUUAAAUUUAAAAAACGUGCCGUUUGGUGCCUUUCUUCAACCAAAAACUUCCAUGUAAUUUCUUUACAUGCAUCAGCACAAACAUAUCAUCGAGGAAUGAAUCAGAAAAUUUAUUCUUCCUACAGUUUUUGAAUUAUUGAGAGUUUAUUUAUUGCAAAUUAUUUUUAGGUAUACCAAAAAUCAAGCUAAUAAUUUGUCUCCGGAGAUGGAUUAAAAUGCUGUAAACAGUUUGAAAUGAUUGACAACUCUAACAAUUUUAGGAUGGAAAUUAUAUUUUUGGUUUUGUGAUAUUUAGGUUUAUUAUAAUGACGCAAAUUAAAUUAUUUAUUGAUAUAAGUUAACUGUUAACUGUUUUAAUUGUCUAAUUAUUAAAAUACUUUAAAGUA